CAGGCGAUAGUGCUGAAACCACCCAGGACACGCACGUUACCAGUUUAUUAUGUAAGGUUUCCGCAGCUGUGGCUACCGUGGACAAAAGUGCCCUGUCUUUUACUUCCCCAGCCGAGACCGCGACCAGUGUCUCUGCUCCUGGAAGAGAGAACAGUCUGACUAUCACCACAGCCUCCAGCCCUGACAGCAGGGUGACAGGUAGGGCUCCGGUGUCCUCAUCUGACCCAGAGGGGGAGCUCAGAAGCACGGCUGCCGGUGGGAACUCUGAGCCCUCCAGGGCACCCCUCUCCAGCACCCCAACAGCCGCGUCACAGACCCAGGCAGGCUCCGUUCAGGACACGAGCGAAUCCCAGCGCACACGCUGGACAGAGACAGAUCCUGGGGGGUCCUCAAGCAUUGUGGUAACCUCUGUCAGCCCUUCCCCCACUUCGGAAGUCACUGCAAAGAGCAGCCCCUCCAAAGGAACUUCACCCCAAGAAACCUCGACAGACACACUCUUCACAGAAGCCACAGGCGGCCCAGCCACCGAUCAGCUGACUGUCGCCAGUGGGGUGGGAAACAGCAGCACCAGGAGGAGUUGGACCACAGCCCACCUCCCCACAGAACAUACAGCUUCAUCUGAGACACUCACGGGUUUGACUCAGACCAUGAGAAGUGCCCCAGUCACUCCAGCUGAGGUGGGGGCAGCUGGUAAUCCAAGUACUCCGGGAGCCACACGCUUGCCCUCCAAGACGGUCUCUUCUACUUAUCCCGAGACGUCAUCUAGAGAGACUCCAGAUUCUGGGGGGCAGAGGAGCCCAGGACUGCCUCGGUCCAACACGGAACAUCACUUUGCCUCCCCUGAGCUUGGUUCUGAGGGAGACACCACGCUAACCCCCAGUGUUUCCCUGCUGUCACCUGCUUCAGAUCUGGGUGAUAAAGUGCCAGGCUCCAGCACAUCCUCAGUGCAGACAGUUACCUCUUCCAUGACCACGGGGAUCCCAGGGAGCCCAGAGAGGACGGAGCCCAACUCAGCUGUCACAUUUCCCAUAACGGCAAGUAAUCCAGUGGCAAGUGCUGGGAGGGUCAGAAGUGCCACCUCUGCCCUGGCCCGUCCAUCUCCCUCAGGGGAAGAGACAGCAGGGAGCGUGCUCCCCCUCAGCACCUCCCCCGAGACCCCAGACCCGCCCAGCCUCCCCGCAGCCGGGACUUCGGCUUCAGAACCGUCGGGUGGCCCUGGAACCCUCAGCAUCACCAGUGUGUCCGGAAUGAAGACUUCAUUUUCUCCAUCCCCCUCCUCUGCCUCAGAAGAGACCAACACCCUUUUAUUUACUACUGGAGAGGAUUCAAAGAAACCUUUAAAUCCAUCUGUGUCUCCACCUGAGACCUCUGUUUCCAGAGGCAAGACCACCUUGGCCUUCAACCCUGUGCCUACGCAAGCCCUCUCAGCCGUGGACUCCUGGGCUACACGCUCAGGUGAGUACCGCUCAUCCCAUAUAGCGAAUGCCUUCAGGACCACAAACAGCACCUCCAUUGCACAGUCAGCCAACGCCACUCUUCCUAAAACAUCUCGGUUGACGAGGACCCCUGCUUUUAUUUCUGCAGCCGCCAUGUCACAGACCAACACUGCACUUCACAGCAAUGCUUGGCCGGAGACCAGUCCCAAAUUUGCAACAAGGUCGCCUCCGGCACGAAGCACUGUGUCAGCGACUGCCCCUCUUCUUUCUGCGGCCGGCGUGGUUCCUGGAUUCAGUUCCCUAAAAACCAGCUCCGUGGAAGGAGUGUCUGUGUGGCAGCCUUCAACAGACAACCCAAGAGGUCCAACCACCGUUCCUUCUGGACCUUCUACCAGGAUGCAGCCCACAGAGAGAAAUGGUGGGGAAAGGAAGUCGGGAACAACCCACCUGCCCAUUGGAACCGCAUCUCCACCUGAGACAUCCACACAUGCCUCCCUGGCCAAGGAAAGCCGUUGGGUCUCAACGAGUGCAUCUGAGUCCACUGGUGCUUCCAGCUCAAGGACUGUACGAAGGACAAGCCACUUGGCUGGACCCUUGUCUGGGGCCCCCUAUGAUUUGUCCUCUGUGGGGGUUACAGUUUCUGGGGAUGAAACCAGCCCACCUCUGGCUCCAGAAACAGCUGCAGUUCACUUGCCUGAUAACUCGUCUUCAUCUGCUGCUUCUGUUGCCCCAGUCCCAGUGGCCACCACAUUUUUAGCCCAGAAGGUCACCGCAAGCACUGUAGCCGGCACAGCUGAGGCUAGUAAAUGGGACAUGCCCAUAUCUUCUAGGACUUCCUCAUCACUUAGCAACUCCCCAGCCAGUGCGGACACAGGGAGGGGCGUCUCUGUUCCACUGGCUACUCCAUCGUCAGCCCCGUCAGUGGAGCCUUCAGAAGAGAGCGUCGCUACCUCUGGCACCCGCCCAGAACUAACAGACUCAUCCAGCGUCCUCCUCAGAGAGGUGCAAACCAGUCCAGAGAGUCACAUGCCCCUUGUCUCACCCUCAGUGAAGGCCACCACGGCUGUAUCAAUAGCAAAAAUGGAGACUGAUGAAAUCUCUUACUCUUCUGGGUCGCCACCUGUGAUGUCACUUCCCGGAAAGAUAGGUACCAGUGGUACCCGGGCCUCUGCCACAUACAUCCCCCCUCCGGAUCCCAUGGUGACACGUUCAGCUCAGGUCUCUUCAUCCCAUUUGGUGAAGGAGCUCAGAACCACAGACACUUAUGCAAGAACAGAGUCCGCCAGCCCAGCUGCUCAUGCUGGAAGUCCUCAAAUCCCAAGGACACCCAGUCCCACUAGCCCAGACACGAUGGCAGGGGCCAGCACAGACACAGCUGAACGCUUCACUGGAUCCCAGGGCACAGAUCUGGCAGAAAAAUCCCCUGGAUUCGGGACACGGUCAACCCUAGGACCAGUGUCUGUCGUCGCCUCUGCCUCCCCUCCCUCUGGAAGCAGCAUGUUGGAACUGACCUCUGAUGCCUCAGGUGAGUCCUUGACCCUGAGCACCAGUAACGAGAGCACAAUCACUUCUUGGCUCCGGGCUCUCAGUACGUCUCUCCCCAUGGUAACGUGGCUGAGUACCAGCUCAACAGAGGAAAGCGCCUUAAAUGCUCCCGAUGCUUCAAGUCCAAGUUCAUCCAAGACAUUUGCUACAUUUACACCUUCUGUACCUUCCCAUGAACUUGCAGAUCCAGGGGUAGACACCACUGUUCUCCAAAAUACAGAUUUGACCACCGUGGGCACGAGUGGGGACUUAACUCCUCCCACAGCCACAGCCUCCCACCAGCUCAGCAUGAGUCCGUCCGCCUCGUUGAUUCAUUCACCCUCAGAUACUACAACCGUAGCUAUCACAGCCUCAGGGAUGAGGGACAGCACCGAUGUGUCCUCUUCCAGAUUUCCAGGCCUCUCCAGCACAGAAGCCGGGCAGAGCUCAUCUUGGCCCCUCCCCAUUACCUCUCCAUCGACAGAGCCCACAUCCCCAGCAGCACUGACCACUUCAACACCCAAGAGAAGACUCACAUCAGAGGCAACAAGACCAGCCAGCUCCGUGUCUCAAGACGAGACGAGCUCACCCCCAAGGCAGACUGCAGAGGUUCAGAGUCUUGCUGCCAUGGUUAGCUCUGUGGAAACCAGCAGGGGGGUCGCUCAGACGUCUGACCGUGGAAAAACCACAGUCAAUCUGAGAACAAGUUUAGUUGCCCAGUGGAAUUCAUCUCUGCCUUUAACACACAGCACUGUGGGGGUCCCGGCUUCGUCUGAGGCCACCACUCCUGAAAGGCAACGUGGCCCCUGGUCAGAAUCAUCAGUGACCACAGAGAGAGUUGGGCCAGAACCCUCUUCUUCAGUCUCCUCUGUGUCCCCUGAGGUGACCACUGCCUUGGACUCUGCCCCCACAAUGCCGGAAACUGUGGGCUCCACCUCAUCCGUCCCUAAGUUUAGGGAAAUAACUACUGAGAAGGCAUCAGCUUCCUCCCUGGCCUCUGUACUGCUGGGUGGAAGCUCUCCCCCAUCUCCCCCAGAGGCCACAUCUUCCGUGGGCACCGGGGAGGGCACAGGGACAAGUCCACUCAUGUCACAGGCCAGCUCAUCUUCCAGAAGGGAAAUCGACUCCUCUGCUUACUCAUCCUCCAGCAUCAGCCACAGUGCUGAUUCUUUUGAUCCAUCCACCAGAGGAGUGACCGGGGCCUCUCCCCUAGCCCCCACAGCCUCGAGCUGGAUCUCCUCAUCAGCACUUACUGACUUUCAGGCACAGACAAGCCAAACUUCUCCCAAGACUCUUUCCUCCUCAGGGCCAGAGCACACCAGCCUGGGAGAGGAGACUGGCCUGGCCAGGACCUCAUCAGGAACAUUUACCUCUUCUGAAGCCAAGGGAGAGCCCUCCUGGACAUCUGUCUCUGUACCAUCAGAGGCUCCACCUGACAGAGGCACUGAUGGGACUGUGGUGUCCGUUACUCACUUCCCCACAUAUGAAAGUUCCUCAUGGCUGAACAGGGACCCUUCAACACCUGUGACAGUGGUUGAUUCUGCAGGUCCUCAGGAGCCUGUGACAACCACCACUGGGGAGCUGAGUGAGGGGGCAUAUGGAGGCACCACGUGGUCAACGGGUGACCCCAUGUCUCUGGUGACUGUAGGCAGCCUGGUCACAGGCCUGCCCACAAGAAGCCCAGGAACAUCUGAAGAUAUCCUAAAUCCAAGCUCCAAGGAGCCCAGCAGCAGCCACAAGACCAGGAUCACUGUGGGAACUUCUCUUAGGGAGACUCCAAAAGAGACUGCUCCUGUGGAUACCACAGUGGGACUGGCCACCCUUCAGUCCCUGAACACAGGGAGUGUCAGCACCAAAUUCCUUCCCUUGCCCACAGGAAAUGCGAUGACAGCAGAAUCAUCCACAGAAAUGGCAGUAGUUACAAAUAACAUCUCACACUCCACACAUCCAGCUGAGGCCUGGGCUAGUACUUAUUCUGGGACACCAGAAGGGACAAGCCAGUCAAGAGGAACAAUGUCCUCUUUCCACCCAGAAUCAACUUCUGUAGGGGCCACAGGGAAGGUUCAGCAAGUCAGCUCAGGCUUGACUUCAAAGACAACUGAAAUGGACUUGUCCACACGGUUUGGCUCCACCGAGGGGACUGCAGUGGGCACUCAUUUCCCCUUGAGCACAUCUUCCACUGGUCUUCAAGACUCUGCAACAAGUUUAGUUAUCUCCAAGGUAGCCACAGGCUCAGUGGCAGAUAAAUCUGAACUUAAAACCAUGCCGUGGGUCAGCACCGUGGUCAUUCCUUCCACGGCCUUCAGUACAAAGGCAAUGGCAGUUGAACGACAGACAGGUGGAUCUGUGGGGAAGGCUUAUUCACCUGGCCCGUGGCCAAAGCAGAUACCUGGGAGUGACCCAAUGUCAAGUGCCUCCCCUGUGAAGCCAGACACAGCUACCACCACCCUCACAACCCACAUUCCUCCAACAGGACCUUGGACUUCUGACAGGUCAGAAGGCUCAGCCACUAUCAGCCUCACCAGUAUGGCAAAAGAGACAACUGGUUCCUCUAUAUCUGCUACUUCCCCUUUGGUGGGGCCCAAUUCUGAGUCCAUCACUGGACUGGAGACCACUGAAAUGGCAUCUCCACCUGGAGUCCCUUCUGUGACAUCAUAUCCGACAGAACUAACAAGCAAGGGUGGGGCUCUCACUGUGGUGAUCACCUCCAGCCCCAGGGGAGCAAGGUCAGUUUCAACUAUAAUGACUAGCCCAGAGAGGAAGUCCAGGGCCACAGGCAGCACCCAAGCACCAGGGACCUCUCCAUGGACUGUCACAGACACAGCUGUCCAGUCACAUGUCACUGGUUUGCCCAAAGUCAGUUCUACAGGGAGGACACUUUCCUCCUCAGCAGUGGCUACUGGAACAGCUGAACAACAAACAAGUGUAUCUGUGGGUGCGGCUUAUUCAUCUGCUAUCACACGGUCAGACAAGACAACUGGGAGUGAUCUGAUUCAUGGUGCAUCUCUAGAAGCCACAGACACAUUGCAUCUCACCUCCAGAGAACAAACCACAUCGGCAACUCUGACCUUUAAAAGCCAAACCAUCACCAGCCCUACCAAUGAUGCUUCAGGAGGAAAAAUGAACUCUUCACCAUCUGGUGUAUUUCCUUCAAUGGGGUCUAAGACGCUGGUGGCCGUCACAAGUGUAACGACUAGUGAGGCUGCCUCUAUGACUGAGCAACUGUCACAGACCUCAUUUCCUGCAGAAGCAAGCAUGAUGAGUACGACCACAGCCCCCCCUCCACGUGUCAUCACCACUAUCACCACUAUGGGAACCAACCCAGUCCUGACUACCACGUCCAACCCAGAGAGGAGAGAGAGCACCAUGGACAGCACCCUGGCUACAGAGACCAGCACAUCUGCCAUGGAGCAUCCUUCCACCUGGUCAUCCACAACUGCUUCUGCCCCAACAUCAGGCUCCUGGGCUAUGAAAGACAUAACUUCAAUUUUGAAAGUCACAGGUUCUCCCAAAACAACUUCUGCAAUGGGCACAACUUCAUCCUUAGCAUCAAGCAUGGAAUCAGGCUCUUUAUCUACUCCCCAUGGCAUUAUGACUGUUACUGGAACCAGCCCAGCCAGUCCAUCUUCUCAUGCUUCAGCUGAGGAUAUGAGGUCCACAAAUAUGAGAACAUUGAUUCCUUCAGACACAACUGCAUCUAUGCCCAUUUCAACUUCUGGUAUUGAGAAGAUGAACACCUCACUUCCUGACAUUUUAGACACAAGUUGGACUACCAGUAAAAGAAAUACAGAAGUUCUGCCUGAUUCAAUGGCUUUCACUGACCAUCCAAAUACAAACACUGACCCCAAUAUCCUCCUAUCCGUUUCACUGCCUGAUUCUCUGCCCACACAUGACUGGACUACUGGGAAACCUGUGUCACCAGCCACAACCACUACCUCCACUCCUCAAGGGGACACAACUCAAAAAUUCAAUGUAAUGAACACGAUCAGACCAACUACCUCAUACAUACCAUUCUUUACAAGGGAAACAGGUAUAGCCCCUUCGCUAGGUUACACUCCUACAAAUGAAGAGAGAAGAACAGAGAAAUACACCAAUGACAAAAUAUCUACCCCAACACUUCCUCAGUCCAUGAGGUCAUCAGAUACCACCAGGGGCCGUAUAAUGAAAGUUGUGACAAAUGGUGAAAAACUAACCAUGAGUGAACAGAAUGGUACUACUAGGACUACAUCUGAGGGCACACUAGCCUUGGGUACCUCAGCCAUAGCAUCAAGGGCAGAGAUGCACUCGGCUGCGACUCAGGGUUCUAGACACUCAGAGACGACCACUAGCAUGGACAGACAUUCAGAGGAUAUGUCACACCCAAGCCCUUCCUCUGAGCAGGACAUCAGCUCUCCAUCUUCCCUGGUGCCUUUAUCUUCCAUGACCUCAUCCUCUACAGUGUCCCCCACACUGCCAACUAGUAAUCCUCCUUCUCUUGCACCUGUCACAUCACCUCUCACCCAUGGCCUGCUGAGAACCCACAGCACUUGGGACACAAGCUUGGAAGGUGUGAUCAGUUCACCCUCAGGUCUGAGUAAAACCUCAGUAGACAUUCAGGCCUCAUCUGAAGACUCUACUGAUACAGAGGCCACUCACCUUCCCCAAAACACAGCAGUGCCCUACGUAGGGACCCUCAGUUCUGCAUGGGAAUCUAACCCCUUGGCCCCAGCAGGCUUACAGCCAGCCACGGGCACAUCUCAAGUCAAGACCUCCUCCAUUGGUGGGGAUGCCAUGGCUUCCACAAAAGGGUCGGGCCUCUCUGGAACCACGGAGACUGAGACACCAUCAAAGAUGUCCCUGGCCCCGUACCCAUGGGAAACCAACACGUUCCGGCACACCAGCUCAGCCACGGAGGAAAUCACUGUCCCUUCCAAGGUGUCCACUGGUACUAAUACUGAGGCCACCAGGACAGACGUCAUGUUCUUUAGCAGGGCAUCCACCCCGGGCCCUGUUCAGCGCACAAUGUCACCAGACUUCCCCACAGAAUUCAACACCAGGCUCUCUCUUUCCCCCGUCAUGACAGAAUCUGAACCUAUAACCAUGGACACUAUAAACAUUCCCUUAGAGACUAUACCACAAGGAACACUAGUCUGGGAUACAUCAGCCACAGCAUCAGGGGCACAGACACACUCAGCCAUGACUCAGGGUUCUCCACGACCAGAGAUGACUACUAGCGGGGACAGAGGUCCUGAAGAUGAGUCACCCGCCAGCUCUUACUCUGAGCAGGACAUCAGCUCUCCAUCUUCCCUGGUGCCUUCUUUACAAGUUAAGUCCUUGACUUCUGCAGUGUCCCCCACACUGCCAGCCAGUAGUUUUUUUCCUUCAGACUCUGUCACCGCACCUCUAACCACUGGCCAGCCGAGGACCCACAUCACAUGGGGUACGAGCUCAGAAGGUGUGAACAGUUCACCCUCAGGUCUGAGUCAGACCUCACUCGAUGUAUGGGCCCCAUCUGAAGUCUCUACCACUACAGAAGCUAUUCACCCUUCUGAAAACACAGCAGUGACCCACAUGGGGACCCUCAGUACUGCAUGGGAAGCCCACUCCUCAGCCCCAGCUGUCUCAGAGACAGCCACUGGCACAUCUCCGAUUGAGACCUCCCCCACUGGUGGGACCACAGUGGCUGUCACACCAAUGCCUGGCUUCUCUGGAACCACGGAGCCUCAGACACAGUCAAAGUCCUCCCUGGCCCCGCAACCACAGGAAACCAUCACAUCCCAGCACACCACCUCAGCUACAGAGGAAAUUACCGUCCCUUCCAAAGUGUCCACUGGUACUAGGUCUGAGGUGUCCAGGACAGUGUUCAUCUCCCUGAGUGGAACUUCCAUCCCUGUCCCUACUCGGGCCACAGUGUCACCAGGCAUCUCCAUGGGAAUCAACACCAGGCUCUCUACCUCACCAGUCAUGGCAGAAUCUUCACCUAUAGCCAUGGCCACUGAAACCAUUCCCCCGGAAGCUAUAUCCCAGGGCAUGCUAGCCUGGGGCACAUUACCGACAGCCUUGGAGCCUCAUACGCUCUCGGCUGUGACUCAGGGUUCUCCACCUUCAGACGUGACCACUAGCAUGGACAGGCGAUCUGAGGGUGUGUCACUCCCAAGCCCUUCUUCUGAGCAGGACGUCAGCUCUCCAUCUUCCUUGGUGCCUUUACAUGCCAUGACCUCGUCCUCUGCAGUGUCUUCCACUCUCCCAGCCAGUAGUCCUUUUCCUUCUGACUCUGUCACCUCACCUCUCACCGCUGGCCUGCCGAGGACCCACAUCACAUGGGGUACGAGCUCAGAAGGUGUAACUAGUUCACCCUCAGGUCUCAGUCAAACCUCAGUCGAUGUAUGGACCCCAUCUGAAGUCUCUACCACUGCGGAAGCUAUUCACCCUUCUGGAAACACCGCAGUGACCCACAAGGGGACCCUCAGUUCCACAUGGGAAUCCCGCUCCUCAGCCCCAGCUGGCUCAGAGAUAGCCACAAGAAUGUCUCCGAUCAAGACCUCCUCCCUCGAUGGGGAUGCCACAGCUUCCACACCAACGCCUGGCCUCUCUGGAGCCAUGGAGCCUGAGACACAGUCACAGUCGUCCAUGGCCCCGGAACCACAGGAAACUGGCACAUUCCCCCAUACUAUCUCAGCCACAGAGGACAUGAGCAUCUCUUCCAAGGUCUCCACUGAGUCUAGUGCUGGGGCCUCCAGGACAGACGUCAUGUUCUCUAGCCAGACAUCCACCCCUGGCCCUGUUCAGCUCACAAUGUCACCAAACAUCCUCACAGAAAUCAACACCACGCUCUCUACCUCCCCUGUCAAGGCAGAAUCUGAACCUAUAACCAUGGCCACAGAAACUGUUCCCCCAGGGACUACAUCCCAAGGCACACUAGCCUGGGACACAUCAGACACAGCAUCGGGGGCACAGACACACUCAGCCGUGACUCAAGGUUCUCCACGCUCAGAGAUGACCACUAGCGGGGACAGAGUUUCUGAAGAUGAGUCACCUGCCAGCCCUUCCUCUGAGCAGGACGUCAGCUCUCCAUCUUCCCUGCUGCCUUCUUUACAAGUUAUGUCCUUGACUUCUGCAGUGUCCCCCACACUGCCAGCCAGUAGUCCUUUUCCUUAUGACUCUGUCACCUCACCUCUCACCACUGGCCUGCCGAGGACCCACAUCACAUGGGGUACGAGCUCGGAAGGUGUGAACAGUUCACCCUCAGGCCUGAGUCAGACCUCAGUGGAGACAUGGGCCACGCCUGAAGCCUCUACCACUACAAAUACAAUGCCCCCUUCUGAAAACACAGCAGUGUCCCAGGUGGGGACCCUCGGUACCUCAAGGGAAUCCCACUCCUCGGCCCCAGCUGGCUCAGAAUCAGCCACAGGCACAUCUCUAGUCAAGACCUCCUCCCUCGAUGGAGACAUCAAGGCUUCCACUCCAGUGCCUGACCUGUCUGCAACCACGGAGGUAAAGGCACAGUCAAUGUCGUCCCAGGCCCCAGAACCACGGGAAACUGGAACAUCCCCCCUUCCCAGCUCAGCCCCAGAGGAAAUCACCGUCCUUUCUGAGCUGUCCACUGGUAAUAGUGCUGAGGCCUCUAGGACAGCUGUCAUCUCCCCUAGCAGGACAUCCAUGCCUGGACCUGGUCGGCCAGCGUUGUCACCAGACAUCCCCACGGGUAUCAACAACAGGCUCUCUAUCUCACCUGUCAUCGCAGAAUCCUCACCCAUUUCCAUCACCACCAAAACAGUUCCCCGACCGACUACAUCCCAAGGCAGUAUAGCCUGGGACUCAUCAGCCACAGCUUCGUGGGCAGAGAUGCACUCAGUUGUGACCCAGAGUUCUCCACACUCAGAUGGGACUACUAGCGUGGACAGGGUUUCUGAGGAUACGUCACGCAGAAGCCCUUCCACUGAGCAGGACAUCAGCUCUCCAUCUUCCCUGGAGCCUUUCCAUGCCAUGACCUCGGCCUCUGCAGUGUCUUCCACUCUCCCAGCCAGUAGUCCUUUUCCUUCUGACUCUGUCACCUCACCUCUCACCGCUGGCCUGCCGAGGACCCACAUCACAUGGGGUACGAGCUCAGAAGGUGUAACUAGUUCACCCUCAGGUCUCAGUCAAACCUCAGUCGAUGUAUGGACCCCAUCUGAAGUCUCUACCACUGCGGAAGCUAUUCACCCUUCUGGAAACACAGCAGUGACCCACAAGGGGACCCUCAGUUCCACAUGGGAAUCCCACUCCUCGACCCCAGCUGGCUCAGAGAUAGCCACAGGAAUGUCUCCGAUCAAGACCUCCUCCCUCGAUGGGGAUGCCACAGCUUCCACACCAACGCCUGGCCUCUCUGGAACCAUGGAGCCUGAGACACAGUCACAGUCGUCCAUGGCCCCGGAACCACAGGAAACUGGCACAUUCCCCCAUACUAUCUCAGCCACAGAGGACAUGAGCAUCUCUUCCAAGGUCUCCACUGAGUCUAGUGCUGGGGCCUCCAGGACAGACGUCAUGUUCUCUAGCAGGACAUCCACCCCUGGCCCUGUUCAGCUCACAAUGUCACCAGACAUCCUCACAGAAAUCAACACCAUGCUCUCUACCUCCCCUGUCAAGGCAGAAUCUUCACCUAUAGCCAUGGCCACUGAAACCAUUCCCCCGGAAGCUAUAUCCCAGGGCAUGCUAGCCUGGGGCACAUUACCGACAGCCUUGGAGCCUCAUACGCUCUCGGCUGUGACUCAGGGUUCUCCACCUUCAGACGUGACUACUAGCAUGGACAGGCGAUCUGAGGGUGUGUCACUCCCAAGCCCUUCUUCUGAGCAGGACGUCAGCUCUCCAUCUUCCUUGGUGCCUUUACAUGCCAUGACCUCGUCCUCUGCAGUGUCUUCCACUCUCCCAGCCAGUAGUCCUUUCCCUUCUGACUCUGUCACCUCACCUCUCACCACUGGCCUGCUGAGGACCCACAUCACAUGGGGUAUGAGCUCGGAAGGUGUGAACAGUUCACCCUCAGGCCUGAGUCAGUCCUCAGUGGAGAUAUGGGCCACGCCUGAAGCCUCUACCACUACAAAUACAAUGCCCCCUUCUGAAAACACAGCAGUGUCCCAGGUGGGGACCCUCGGUACCUCAAGGGAAUCCCACUCCUCGGCCCCAGCUGGCUCAGAAUCAGCCACAGGCACAUCUCUAGUCAAGACCUCCUCCCUCGAUGGAGACAUCAAGGCUUCCACUCCAGUGCCUGACCUGUCUGCAACCACGGAGGUAAAGGCACAGUCAAUGUCGUCCCAGGCCCCAGAACCACGGGAAACUGGAACAUCCCCCCUUCCCAGCUCAGCCCCAGAGGAAAUCACCGUCCUUUCUGAGCUGUCCACUGGUAAUAGUGCUGAGGCCUCUAGGACAGCUGUCAUCUCCCCUAGCAGGACAUCCAUGCCUGGACCUGGUCGGCCAGCGUUGUCACCAGACAUCCCCACGGGUAUCAACAACAGGCUCUCUAUCUCACCUGUCAUCGCAGAAUCCUCACCCAUAUCCAUCACCACCAAAACAGUUCCCCGACCGACUACAUCCCAAGGCAGUAUAGCCUGGGACUCAUCAGCCACAGCUUCGUGGGCAGAGAUGCACUCAGUUGUGACCCAGAGUUCUCCACACUCAGAUGGGACUACUAGCGUGGACAGGGUUUCUGAGGAUACGUCACGCAGAAGCCCUUCCACUGAGCAGGACAUCAGCUCUCCAUCUUCCCUGGAGCCUUUCCAUGCCAUGACCUCGGCCUCUGCAGUGUCCCUCACAUUACCAGCCACUAGCCAUUCUCCUCCUGCUUCUGUCACCUCACCUCUCACCCUCAGCCUCUUGAGGACAUGGGGCAUGAGCUCGGAAAGCAUGACCAGUUCAAACUCAAGACUGAGCAGCAUCUCAGUGGAGAUCCAGGCCACAUCUGAAGCCUCCUCCACUGCAGAGGCCAUUCACCCUCCCAAAACCACAGCAGUGACCCACAUGGGGACCCUCAGUACUGUAUGGGAAGCCUACUCCUCCGCCCCAGCUGUCUCAGAGACAGCCACUGGCACAUCUCCGAUUGAGACCUCCCCCACUGGUGGGACCACAGUGGCUGUCACACCAAUGCCUGGCUUCUCUGGAACCACAGAGACUGAGACACAGUCAAAGUCGUCCAAGGUUCCAGAACCAUGGGAAACUGGCACAUCCCCCUAUACCAGCUCAGCCUCAGAGGACAUCAGCAUUUCUUCCGAGGUCUCCACUGGGACUAGUGCUGAGGCCUCCAGGACAGACAUCAUGUUCCCCAGCAGGACAUCCACCCCUGGCCUUGUUCAACUCACGAUGUCACCAGACUUCCCCACAGAAAUCAACACAAGGCUCUCUACCUCCCCUGUCAUGGUGGAAUCUGAACCUAUAACCAUGGCCACUGAAACUGUUCCCCCAGGGGCUAUAUCCCAGGACACAGUAGCUUGGGACACAUCAGCCACAGUAUCGGGGGCACAGACACACUCAGCUGUGACUCAGGGUUCUCCACGCUCAGAGAUGACUACUGGUGUGGACAGAGGUUCUGAAGAUGAAUCACCCAGCAUCCUGUCCUCUGAGCAGGACAUCAGCUCUCCAUCUUCCCUGGUGCCUUUCCCUGCCAUGACCUGGUCUUCUGCAGUGUCCUCCACACUGCCAACCAGUAAUCCUUCUCCUGCUCCUGUCACCUCACCUCUCGCCCCUGGCCUGCUGACCCACAGCAUGUGGGGCAUGAGUUCAGAAGGUGUGACCAGUUCAUCUUCAGUUCUGACCAGCACACUAGUGAAUAUCCAGACCAUUUCUGAAGCCUCUACCACUACAGAGGCCAGUCGCCUUCCUGAAAACACAGCAGCGACCCACGUGGGGACCCUAACUUCUGUAUGGGAAUCAUACUCCUCGGACUCAGCUGGGUCAGAGACAACCAUAGGCACAUCUCCAGUUGAGACCUCCUCCUUUGAUGUGGAUGCCACAGCUUCCACAACAAUGCCUGGCCUGUUGGGAACCACAGAGACUGAGAUACAGUCAACAUCAUCCCUGGCCCCAGAACCACGGGCAACCAUCAUGUCCCAGCAUACCAGCUCAACACCAGAGGAAAUCACUGUCCCUUCCAAGGUGUCCACUGGUCCUAAUGCUGAGGCGCCCAGGGUACCCAUCAUGUCCCCGAGCAAAACAUCCAUCCCUGGCCUUGUUCAGCCCACGAAGUCACCACACUUCUCUACAGGAAUCACCACCAGGCUCUCUACCUCAUCCAUCAUGGCAGAAUCUGCACCUAUAAACUUGGCCACUGAAACUGUUCCCCUGGGGGCUACAUCCCAGGGCACGGUAGCCUGGGACACUUCAGCCACAGCAUUAGGGGCACAGACACACUCGGCUGUGACUCAGGGUUCUCCACAUUCAGCGGUGACCUCUAGUGUGGACAGAGGUUCUGAGGGUGAGUCACGAGUAAGCCCUUCCUCUGAGAGAGACAUCAGCUCUCCAUCUUCCCUAGUGUCUUUACCUGCCAUGACCUCAUCCUCUGGAGUGUCCCCCACGCUGCCACCUAGGAGUUUUUCUCCUGUUCCUGUCACCUCACCUCUCACCCCUGGCCUGCUAAAGAUCCUCAGCACAUGGAGCACAAGCUCGGAAGGUGUGAUCAGCUCACCUUCAGGUCUGAGUCAGACCUCAGUGGAGAUAUGGGCCACGCCUGAAGCCUCUACCACUACAAGGUCUAUCCACCUUCCCGAAAACACAGCAGUAACCCAUGUGGGGACCCUCAGUUAUGCACUGGAAUCGCAUUCCUCAGCCCCAGCUGGCUCAGAGCCAGGCACAGGGACGUCUCCAAUUGAGACCUCCUCCCUCCCUGGGGAUGCCACAGCUUCCACACCAAUGCCUGGCCUCUCUGGGACCACAGAGACUGAGGCACAGUCAAUGUCACCCCUGACCCCAGAAACAUGGGAAACGGUCAUGUCCUGGCAUACUGGUUCAGCUCCAGAGCCUAUCAGCAUCCUCUCUGAGGCGUCCACUGGGACUACCACUGAAGCAUUCAAGACAGAUGUCAUUUCUUCUAGCAGGACAUCCAUCCCUUUCCCUGUUCAGACAACAAUGUCAUCAGACAUUGCCACGGAAGUCAACACCAGGCUCUCUACCUCCCCUGUCAUGGCGGAAUCUGAACCUAUAACCAUGGCCACUGAAACCAUUCCCCCAGGGGCUACAUCCCAGGACACAGUAGCCUGGGACACAUCAGCCACAACAUUAGGGGCACCGACACACUUGGCUGUGACUCAGGGUUUUCCACAUGCAGUGGUGACCUCUAGUGUGGACAGAGGUUUUGAGGGUGAGUCACCCACCAGCCCUUCCUCUGAGCAGGACAUCAGCUCUCCAUCUUCCCUGGUGCCUUUACAUGCUAUGACCUCAGCCUCUGCAGUGUCCCCCACACUGCCAGCCAGUAGGCCUUCUCCUCUUGCUCCUGUCACCUCACCACCUCUCACCACUGGCCUGCCAACAAUCCACAGCACGUGGGGCACGAGCACACAAGGUAUGAUCAAUUCACCCUCAGUUCUGACCAGCACGUUAGUGGACACUUGGGCCACAUCUGAAGCCUCUACCCCUACAGAGGCCAUUCACCCUCCUGAAUACACAGCAGUCACCCAUGUGGCAACCCUCCGUUCUGCCCAGGAAUCCCACUCCUCGUCCCCAGCCUCAUCAGAACCAGCCACAGGAACAUCUCCAAUCGAGACCUCCUCCAUCGGUCAGGACACCACGGCUUCCACACCAAUGCCUGGCCUCUUGGGAACCACAGAGAAGGAGACAGUUUCAUCAUCAUCCCUGGCCCCAGAACUGUGGGAAUUGGACUCCAUUUGGCACACCAGCUCAGCCACGGAGGAAAUCACCGUCCCCCCUGGGGUGUCCACAGGUUCUAGUGCUGAGGCCUCCAGGACAGACGUCAUCUCCCACAGCAGGACAUCCAUCCCUGUCCCUUCUCAGCCCACAAUGUCCCCUGACAUCCCCAUGGAAAUCAACACCAGGCUCUCUACCUCCCUCAUUGAGGCAGAAUCUGCACAUAUAAUCAUCGCCACCAGAACAGUUCCCCCGGGAGCUACCUCCCAGGGCACACUAGCCUGGUCCACAUCAGCCUCAGCCGGGUGGUCUCAUAUACACUCAGCAAUAACUCAGGGUUCUCCACGCUCAGAGGUGACCACUAGCAUGGAAAGAGUUUCUGAGAAUGAGUCACACACAAGCCCUUCCUCUGAGCAAGACAUCAAUUCUCCAUCUUCCCUGGUGCCUUUUCAUGCCAUGACCUCAACUUCUGCAGUGCCCCCCACGCUGCCAGCCACUGGUCCUUCUCUGGUUCCUGUCACCUCACCUCUCACCCCUGGCCUGAUGAGGACCCCCAGCACGUGGGGCAUGAGCUCAGAAGGGGUGACCAGUUCACCCUCAGGUCUGACCAGCAUCUCAGUGGUGGAGACUCAGGCCACAUCUGAAUACUCUACUGCUACAGAGGCCAUUUCCCAUGCCGAAAACACAGCGAUGACUCACACGGGAUCCCUCAGUUCCACAUGGGAAUCCCACUCCUCGGCCCCAAAUGGCUCAGAGCCAGCCACAGGAAUGUCUCCAGUCGAGACCUCCUCCCUCAGUGGGGACACCCUGGCUUCCACACAAAUGCCUGGCCUCUCUGGAACCACGGAGACUGAGAUACAGUCAGCGUCGUCCCUGGCCCUGGAACCACGGGAAACCAGCACAUCCCGGCACAUCAGCUCAGCCACAGAGGAAAUCACCGUCCCUCCUGAGGUGUCCACGGGUACUAGUCCUGAGGCCACCAGGACAACCAUCAUGUCCCCCAGCAGGACAUCCAUCCCUGGCCCUGGUCAGGCCACAGUGUCACCAGACAUCCCCACAGAAAUCAAAACCAGGCUCUCUACCUCCCCUGUCAAGGCAGAAUCUGAACCUAUAACCAGUACCACUGAAACUGUCCCCCUGGGUGCUACACCCCAGGGCACACUAGCCUGGGACACAUCAGCCACAGCAUCGGGGGCACAGACACACUUGGUUGUGACUCAGGGUUCUCCACGCUCAGAGAUGACUGCUAGCAUGGACACAGGUUCUGAGGAUGCGUCACCCACCAGCCCUUCCUCUGAGCAAGACAUCAGCUCUCCAUCUUCCUUGGUACCUUUACUUGCCAUGUCCUCGAUUUCUGCAGUGUCCCCCACACUGCCAGCCACUAGCCCUUCUCCACCUGAUCAUGUCACCUCAUCUUUCACCCCUGCCCUGCUGACGAUCCCCGGUACAUGGGACAUGAGCUUGGAAGGUGUAACCAGUUCACCCUCAGGUCUAAGCAGACCAGACCUCCAGACCUCAUCUGAAGCCUCUUCCACUAUAGAGGCCAUUUACCUUCCUGAAAACACAGCAGUGACCCACGUGGGGACCCUCAGUUCUGUAGGGGAUUCCCACUCCUCUGCCCCAGCUGGCUCAGAGACAGCCACAGGCACGUCUCCAGUUGAGACUUCUUCCCUCCGUGGGGAUGCCACAGCCUCCAUGCCGAUGCCUGGCUUCUCUGGAACCACAGAGACUGCGACAUUGUCAAUGUCAUCUCUGGCCCUGGAACCAUGGGAAACUGGCAUGUAUCCCCACACCAGCUCAGCUCCGGAGGAAAGCACUGUCCCUUCCAAGGUGUCCACUGGUAUUAGUCCUGAGGCCUCCAGGACAGCCGUCAUCUCCCCUAAGGGAACAUCCAUCCCUGUCCCUAUUUGGCCCACAAUUUCAAAAGACUUCACCUCGAGAAUCAACACCAAGCUCUCUACCUCCCCCGUCGUGGCAGAAGCUGCACCUAAAACCAUGGCGACUGAAACUGUUCCCCUGGGGGCUACAUCCCAGGGCACAUUUCCUUGGAACACAUCAGCCACAGCCUCAGGGGCUCAUAUGCACUCGGGUAUGACUCAGGAUUCUACAGGAGCAGAGAUGACCACUAGUGCGGACAGAGGUUCUGAGGAUGAGUCACGUACCAGCCCAUCCUCUGAGCAGGACAUCAGUUCUCCAUUUCCUCUGGUGCCUUCCCAUGCCAUGACCUCAGCUUCUGCAGUGUCCAACACACUGCCAGCCAGUAGUCCUUUUCCUUCUGACUCUGUCACCUUACCUGUCACCACUGGCCUGCUGAGGUCCCACAGCACAUGGGGUAUGAGCUCAGAAAGUGUGACCAGUUCACCUUCAGGUCUGAGUCAGACCUCAGUGGAAAUACAGGCCAUGUCUGAAGCCUCUACCACUGCCAAGUCCAUUCACCCCCCCGAAAACACAGCAGUGACCCAUGUGGGGACCCUCAGUACUGCAUGGGAAGUCCACUCCUCAGCCCCAGCUGGCUCAAUAACAGCCCCACGCAUGUCUCCAAUUGAGACCUUCUCCGUUGCUGGAGACACCAUGGCUCCCACACCAAUGUCUGGCCUCUCUGGAACCAUGGAGACUGACACACAGUCAACGUCACCUCUCGCCCCGGAAAUGAGGGAAACCAUCAUGUCCCAGCCCACCAGCUCAGCCCCAGAGGACAUCAGCAUCCAUUCUGAGGUCUUCACUGGGACCAGUGCUGAGGCCUCCAGGACAGACAUCAUGUCCCCCAGCAGGACAUCUGUGCCUGGCCCUGUUCUGCCCACAAUGUCACCAGACAUCCCUAUGGAAUUCAACACUGGGCUUUCUACCUCUUCCCCUAGUGUUGAUAUUGGAAAAGUCACCAUCAUCACCAAGAAAGGACCUGCCAGUGUAACCUCCUUCCCAGAACCCAAGCUUUCUGUGUCCAUAUCAGAAAGGACUCAUCACCUGAGCACAGUAAUGCUGUCUUCAGCUGAGACCCUUUCAGCUGACACAUUGGCACCUUCUCCGUCAGCAGCUACAUCUAGAGUCCCAGGUGCCAGCUCAGCCGCCUUCUCAGCCAGUCCAUUAUUUUGGACGCAACCAGGCCCUAGAGAUGCUCUGUCUACUGUGGCAGACAGUCUACCUUCAUCAGUUUCAAUGCCUUUCCCCUCUUCGGCCUCCACUACCACAGAUGUUUCAACCAGCCCAGUCCCCCAGGGGAGCACUUCCUCAAUGGCUACCCCGCACACGGUGGCCACCAACACUGGGACAGAGGGCAGCACUGCUGAAGGACCCUUGGUUGUGGCCAGUACUUUGGAGACAUGGACCAAGCCAGUCAGGACAUCUUUAUCAUCCAGUGUGGAUACCAGAAUGACAGAGCAGAUUCACUUAGGAACAGAGACGAGGGCUUCUCAACUUCCUCCACACUCAACACAGCUGACAAGGACUGAUGGUGUCGUGGAGCGUAUUACAAAGAUACCCAAUGAAGCAGCCCAUGAAGGUGUCACAGGACCAGUCCAUGUACAUGUGGCACCCACAUCAUCUGCCAGUCCUACAGGACUACCAACAGACUGGAUGGAGAGAGCAGAGACCACAGCUCUGAAGACCACCUCUACAGCAACUCUGACCACUACUGUCUCUACCCCUGCUUCGGGAACAUGGACUCUCCUCAGGACAUCAGGCAAGGUGACCAGCACAAGCACAAGAGGAACGAUCAUUUCAACCCCAGAUAUUUCCUCUGAUGUUCUACAGAUGACCACCUCGUUGGCCACCAUACCUGGAGCAGAGACCAGCACAGAGGUUCCCAAGACAACCCCGUCUGUCUUCAAUAGAGGCUCACAGACUACACCCUCACUGGUCCCUAGUUCUGAUGCAGAGAACGGUCCAGCUUCUCCAACUCUGGCUGUUUCCCUUGGUGAGCCAGAGACCACAACCUCACGAGCCUUUCAUUCUGCAGAGACCAGCUUGACUGGUUCCAGGGCAACCUUGAGUGUUUCCCACAGCGAAUCAGACAGCACACCCCCAACAGCUACUGGUUCUGGGGAAAAAGUCAGUUUAGCAGUUCCAACUCUGACUGUCUUUCCUGGUGUACCAGAAAUGGUGACUUCACUGGUAACUAGUCCUGGGGCAGAGAUGAGCACAGUUAUUUCAACUCUGACUGACUCCCAAGAUGAACCAGAGACCAACACCUCAUGGGUCACCCAACCUGGGGCACUGAGCGGUUCAUCUAUUCCAGUUCCAAGUGUCCUUCCUGGUGAGCCAGGGCUGGUGACCUCAAUGGAUACUAGUUCUGGAGCAGAGACCAGCCCAACUGAUCAAACUGCGACUACUUCCCCUGGUGAGCCAAAUGCAGCAGCCUCAUUGGUUACCCAUCCUGGGGCACAGACCAAUUCAGCCAUUCCAACUCCAGCCAUUUCCCCUGGUGUAUCAGGGGUGGGAAUCUCACCAGUUACCAGUUCUGGAGCAGAGACCAAUACAACUUUUACAACUCUGACUGAUUCUCCACAUGAACCAGAGACAACAGCCUCAUGGGUCACCCCUCCUGGGACAGAAGCCAUUUCCACUGUUGCAACUUCAACUGUUGCCCCUGGUGAACCAGAUGCAACGGCCCUGUGGGUUCAUUCCACAGAGAAUAGCACACCUGUUUCCAGAAUAACUCCAAAUUUUUCCCAAAGUGAAUUAGACACCAUACUCUCAAUGGCCACCACUCCUAGGGUAGAAGCCAGUUCAGCCAUUCCAACAGUGACUGUCUCAUCUGGUGUACCAGCUACAGUGACCUCCCAGACCACUAGUUCUGGGACAGACACCAGUACAACCUCUUCGACUCUGACUGAAUCCCUGCAUGGAUCAGACACAACAGUCUCCUUGGUCACCCAUCCUGCAGUGUCCAGCCCAACGGUUCCCAGGACAACCCCUAGUGUUUCCCAUAGUGAAUCAUAUAGCAAACCCUCAACAGCCACCAGCCUUGAGACAGAAGCCAGUUCAGCUGUUCCAACUACACCUACCUCCCCUGACGUACCAGAUAUGGUGACCUCACAGGCCACUAGCUCUGGGACAGAUGCCAGUAUGGUUAUUUCACCUCUGACUCUUUCUCCUGGAGAACCAGCGAACACAGUCUCAUGGGUUAAUCAUCCUGGAGCACAGACCAGUUCUUCCAUCCCAACUCUGACUGUCUCCCCUGGUGUAUCAGGAGUGGGGACCUCACUGGUCACUAAUUCUGAGGCAGAGACCAGUACGAUUUUUCCAACUCUGACUGAUUACCCACAUGAAUCAGAGACAGCCUUACGAGUCACCCAUUUCUCAGAGACCAGCACACCUGUUUCCAGAAUAACUCCAAAUUUCUCCCAUAGUGAAUCAGGUACCACACUCUCAACAGCCACCACUCCCAGGGCAGAAGUCAGUUCAUUUUCAGCUACAACUAUCUCACCAGGCAUACCAAGGUUGGUGACCUUAGUGGUUACCAGUUCUGGAGUAGAGACGAGUACAACUUUUUCAACUCUGGCUGAUUCUCUGCAUGAACUGGAGGCCACAGCAUCAUGGGUCACCUUUUCGGAGAAAGAAGCCAGUUCAGCUAUUCCAACUCUGCCUACUUCUUACCCUGAGGAGCCAGAUACAGCAGUCUCAUUGGUCACCCAUCCUGCAGAGACCAGCUCAACUAUUCCCAAGGCAACACCCAAUUUUUCUUACAGUGAAUCAGAUACCAUACCUUCAAUAGCUACCAGUUCUGGGACACAGACAAGUUCAUCCAUUCCAACUCUGACCAUCUCCCCUGGUGUACCAGAGGUAGAAAUCUCACUGGCCACAAGUUCUGGGCCAGAGACAAGUACAACUUUUACAACUCUGACUCUUUCUCCAGGUCAAAUGGAGACCACAGGCUCAUGGGUCACCCAUGAACUGAACUCUGAGACAGAGUUCAGUUCAGCUGUUCCAACUCUGCCUGCUUCCCCUGGGGAGCCAGAUACAGUAGUCUCAUUGGUCACCCAUCCUGCAGAGACCAGCCCAACAGUUUCCAAGACAACUCCCAAUGUUUCCCAUAGUGAAUUGUAUACCACAUACACAAUGGCCACCAGCCAUGGGGCAGAAGCCAGUUCAGCUGUUCCAACUCCAACUGUCCCCCCUGGUGUACCAGAUAUGGUGACCUCACAGGUCACUAGUUCUGAGAAAGAUGCCAGUACAGUCAUUCCCACUCUGAAUCUUUCUCCUGGUGAGCCAGGGACCACAGCCUCAACAAUCAUUUAUUCUGAGAUCCAGACCAGCUCAGCCAUUCCAGCUCCAACUGUCUCCUCUACUGUGCCAGAGCUGGUGACCUCACUGGUCACCAGUUCUGGGGUGGAAGUCAGUACAAUGUUUACAACUCUGACUGAUUCCCCACAAAAGGCAGAGAUGACAGCCUCGUGGGUCACCCAUUCUGGGACAGAAACCAGUUCAGCUGUUCCAACCCUGACUAUUUCUCCUAAGGAGACAAAUACAACAGUCUCAUCAGUCACUCAUUCUGAAGAAACUAGUCCAACUGUCCCCAAAACAACUCCAGUUUUUUCCAAAGGUGAACCAGACACCACACAGUCAAUAGCCACCAGCCGUGGGGAAGAAACCAGUUCAGUGGUUCCACCUCCAACUGUCUCCCUUGGUGCACCAGAUAUGGUGACCUCUCACGUUCCUACUUCUGAGACAGAUGCCAAUAUGACUAUUCCAAGUCUGACUCUUUCUCCUGGUGAACCAGCAACCACAGGCUUAUUGGUCACCCACCCCAGUGCAAAGACAAGUACACAUUUUCCUGGUUCAACUGCUUUUCCUCAUUUACCAGAGACCAUAGCCUCACUCUCUGUCCAACCUGAGCUGGAGAUGAGUACAGCUCCUCCAGUUCGGACUGUUUCCCUCGGUCUACCAGAGACAACAUCCUUCACCACAUCCAUGACAGAGACCAGCAGAGUUGAUCUGGGUCCAACAGUCUCACCUGGUGUUCCUGUAGAAACAGCCUCACUCUCCACCCAUCUUGGCACAGACAUCACAACUAUUUCAACAUCAACUCUUUCCCCUGUGUUAUUGAAGACCACAGGCUUAUUGGCCACCAGCCCUGCAUCAGAGGCCAGCACAGGUGGCCCAACUUUGACUGCUGGUGUUCUUGGGCCUGUCAGUACCCCUGAAACCACUGGUGAGUCUCAUACCUUAACUUCCUGGAGCACAGAACCCUCACCACCUGUGACCUCAGUUGAACUCCUGGAAUUGUCCAAGACUGUGACAGGGGACACUGUGACCUUGAUAGCAUCAGAGACCCCAACACCACCUAAAACCAGUCACAGAGACGGAUUGAGUCCAACUGCUAUCCUGAAAACCACAACUCCUGAGACCACUAAUUUAGCUGCCACAGGCUCAGGCCCCAUCAUGGCGGAGACCGCAGCCACCUUCAAUACACCUGUGGCAACUCCCUUUGUCCCUGAGACCUCACCUGGGAUGUCCACCUUGACCUCUCUGAGUGUGACUUCAGAAACAACUGCAGCCCCUUUCUUGAUGCCUUUUACUGUCAACUUCACCAUCACCAGCCUGCACUACACUGAGGACAUGGGGAACUCGGGCUCUGAGAUAUUCAAUGCCACUGAGAGACACCUGCAGCACCUGCUCAGGACUCUGUUCGAAAACAGCAGUGUUGGUUCCCUCUAUGAUGGCUGCAGGCUGACCUUGUUCAGGGCUGAGAAGGAUGGGACAAGCACCAGGAUAGAUGCAGUCUGUACCUACCGCCCAGAUCCCACCGGCUUCAGGCUGGACAGAGAGCAGCUCUACCAGGAGCUAAGCCAGCAGACCCAUGGCAUCACUCAGCUGGGCCCCUACACCCUGGACAGGAACAGUCUCUGUGUCAAUGGUUAUAACCAUCAGUACUGGACCCCCACCACCAGCACUCUGGUGACCUCCACAUUUUCUCCAGGACCAUCGAUAUCUCUGCCUCCCACCCCCAGCUCUACAGUUGUGGGCCCAGCCCUGGUGCCAUUCACCCUCAACUUCACCAUCACCAACCUGCUCUGCACCCCAGACAUGAGGCACCCAGGCUCCAUGAAGUUCAACUCCACUGAGAGGGCCCUGAAUCGCCUGCUUGGUCCCUUGUUCAAGAACACCAGUAUUGGCCCACGGUACUCUGGCUGCAGACUGACCUUGCUCAGGACUGAGAAGGGUGGAACAGCAACAGGAGUGGACGUGAUCUGCACUUAUCAUCCUGACCCCAUGGGCCCUGGGCUGAACAGAGAAGAAUUGUACCAGGAGCUGAGUCAGCUGACCCACGGUGUCACCUGGCUGGGCACCUACACCCUGGACAGAGACAGUCUCUAUGUCAAUGGUUAUAACCACCGGUACUGGAACCCUACCACCAGCACUCCAGUGAUUUCUACAUUCUCUCCAGAAUCUUCCACAUCUCAGCCCCCCAUCCUCAGCUCUACAGGUGUGAGCCUGUCUCUGGUGCCCUUCACCCUCAACUUCACCAUCACCAACCUGCGCUACACAGAGGGCAUGGGGCCCCCAGGAUCUGAGCUAUUCAACUCUGUAGAGAGGAUCUUGAAUCGUCUGCUCAAACCCUUGUUCCAGAACAGCAGCAUUGGGCCCCUCUAUUAUGGCUGCAGAUUGACCUUGCUCAGGCCUGAGAAAAAGGGAACAGCCACUGGAGUUGAUGCUGUCUGUACUCACCAUCCUGACCCCAUGGGCCCUAAGCUAGACAGAGAGAAGCUGUACUGGGAGCUGAGCCAUCAGACCCAUGGUGUCACCCAGCUGGGCUCCUUCACCCUGGACAAGAACAGCCUCUAUGUCAAUGGUUACACCCACUGGACCUCAGCCCCCACACCCAGUGCUCCUGUGACCCCUGUGCACUUCCCAGGGACCUCGAUGGUGCCAGCCCACUUCUCCAGCUCCACAGCUGCUGGUCCUGCCCCAGUGCCCUUCACCCUGAACUUUACUAUCAUCAACCUGCACUACACGAAGGACAUGCAGCCGAGCUCGGCAAAGUUUAACUCCACAGAGUCAGCUCUACAACGCCUGCUCAAGCCCUUGUUUGCCAACAGCAGCAUUGGUCCGCUCUACAUUGGCUGCAGAGUGACCACACUAAGGCCUGAAAGGGGUGGAACAGCCACUGGAGUUGACGCUGUCUGCACCUACCGACCUGACCUUUCGGGUCUCCAGCUGGACAGGGAGCGCCUCUACUGGGAACUGAGCCGCCAGACCCAUGGUGUCACCCAGCUCGGUUCCUACAUCCUGGACAGGGACCGUCUCUAUGUCAACGGUUACACCAGAUCACCACUGACCCCCAUCCCCAGUGUUCCUGUGAUUUCUACACCCUCAGGAACCUCAGUAGCUCCAAUCUCCUUCUCCAGCUCUACAGUCUCCGGCCCUGACCUGGUUCCAUUCACCCUCAACUUCACCAUCACCAACCUGCGCUACACAGAGAACAUGCAGCUUAUGGAUUCAGCCAAGUUCAACGAAAUAGAGAAGGUCUUGCAGAGCCUGCUCAGACCCUUAUUCAAGAACACCAGUGUCGGCCCCCUCUACUCUGGCUGCAGACUGACCUCGCUCAGGCCAGAGAAGGCUGGAGCAGCCACCAGGGUGAACACAAUCUGCUCCUACCGCCCCGACCCUGCGGGCCGCGGGCUGGAUAGAGAGAAGCUGUACUGGGAGCUGAGCCGGCUGACCCGUGGUAUCACCUGGCUGGGCCCCUACACCCUGGAGCAGGACAGUCUCUGUGUCAGUGGCUACACCCACCAGACACCAGUAACCGCCCCCAGUGCCACGGGACAUCCCCUUGUGCCUUUCACCCUCAACUUCACUAUCACCAACCUACACUACGCUGAGGACAUGCAGCCUCCUGGAUCCUUGAAAUUUAACACCACGGAGAGGUCCCUGCAGCGCCAACUCGGACCCUUGUUCCAGAACACCAGUGUGGGCCCCCUGUACUCAGGCUGCAGACUGACCUUGCUCAGGCCCGAGAAGGAUGGGGCAGCCACUGGAGUGGAUGCCGUCUGCACCCACCGCCCUGACCCCACGGGCCCUGGGCUGGACAGAGAGCGGCUGUACCAGGAGCUGAGCCAGCUGACCCGUGGUGUCACCAGGCUGGGUCCCUACACCCUGGAUCCCAACAGUCUCUACAUCAAUGGUUUCACCCACCAGACGCGGGCCACCACCCCCAGCAGUCACACCCAAUCGGCUUCAGCCACCACCCCCAACACCACUGGCCCCGCUCUGGUGUCCUUCACCCUGAACUUCACCAUCACCAACCUGCACUACACUGAGGACAUGGGGCACCCCAGUUCCUUGAAGUUCAACUCCACCAAGAUGAUCCUCCAGCACCAGCUCAAGCUCCUGCUCAGUAAGACCAGUGUCGGCCCCCUCUACGCUGGCUGCAGACUUGCCUCGCUCAGGCUUGAGAAGGGUGGGACAGCCACUGGAGUGGACAUCGUCUGCACCGUCCACUCUGACCCUGUGGGCCCCAGGCUGGACAGAGAGCGGCUAUACUGGGAGCUGAGCCGUGAGACCCAUGGCAUCACCCGGCUGGGGCCCUUCACCCUGGACAGGGACAGCCUCUGUGUCAACGGUUACACCUAUGGAGCCACAGCCCCAACUACCACUGCUGGGGAGGCCCGUGAGGAGCUGUUCACACUGAACUUCACCAUCGACAACCUGCGCUACUCAGCGGACAUGGGCCGCCCCGGCUCCCUCAAGUUCAACAUCACAGAUACCCUCAUGCAGCACCUGCUGGGCCCAUUGUUCCAGAAGAGCAGUCUGGGUACCCGAUAUACAGGCUGCAAGGUCACCUCACUAAGGUCCGUGAAGAAUGGCGCCAAGACGAGGGUGAACAUCCUCUGCACCUACCGGCAGCACCCCAGCAGCCCGGGUCUACUUGCCAAACAGGUGUUCCAUGAACUGAGCAGGCAGACCCGUGGCAUCACCCGGCUGGGCCCCUAUUCACUGGACAAGGACAGCCUCUACCUCAAUGGUUAUAACGAGCGUGGUCCAGAUGAGCCUCCCACAACUCCUGAGGCAGCCACCACAUUCCUGCCUAGUUCAUCAUCACCUGUGCAACCAGAAGCCACCACAGCUAUGGGACACAACCUGAGGACAUUUACACUGAACUUGACCAUCUCCAACCUCCAGUAUUCAACAGACAUGAGCCACAGCUCAGCUACAUUCAACUCCACCAAGAGGACCCUGCAGCACCUGCUUGGAUCCUUGUUCCAGAAGAGCAGCCUGGGCCCCUUCUAUUCAGGUUGCAGACUAAUCUCCCUCAGGCCUGAGAAGGAUGGGGUAGCCACUCAUGUUAACACCAUCUGCACCUAUCACCAUGACCCCAUGGGCUACAGGCUGGACCGAGAACAGCUUUACUGGGAGCUAAGCCAGCUGACCCAUGGUGUCACCCAGAUGGGCAUCUAUACCCUGGUCAGGGACAGCCUCUUCGUCAAUGGCUACGCACCCCAGAAUUUAUCUAUUCAAAAUGAGUAUCAGCUGAAUUUCCGCAUCCUCAACUGGAACCUCAGCAACUCAGACCCUGCAUCCUUGGAGUACACAACCCUGCUGAGAGACAUCCAGGACAAGGUCACCAAACUCUACAGAGGCAGCCAGCUACAAGACAUUUUCCGCUCCUGCCUGGUCACCAACUUGACGUUGGACUCCAUGUUGGUCACCAUCAAGACUCUGUUCUCUUCCAAUGUGGACCCCAGUAUGGUGAAGCAAGUCUUUCUAGACAAGACCCUGAAUGUCUCAUCCCACUGGCUUGGUGCCACCUAUCAGCUGGCGGAUUUGCAUGUGACAGAAGUGGAGUCAACAGCUCAUCUACCAACAGACAAACCAACAAGCAGUCCCACCUCUCAGCACUUCCAGCUGAAUUUCACUGUCACCAACCUACUCUAUUCCCAAGACUUAUCCCAGCCCAACACCACCAAACACCAGCGGAACAAGAGAAGUAUCGAGAAUGCGCUCAACCAGCUCUUCCGAAACAGCAGCAUGAAGAGUUAUUUCUCUGACUGUCAAGUUUUAGCAUUCAGGUCUGUCCCCGACAGCAACCACACUGGGGUGGACUCCAUCUGUAACUUUUCACCAUUGGCUCGGAGACUGGACAGAAUUGCCAUCUAUGAGGAGUUCUUGAGGCUGACCCGAAAUGGUACCCAGCUGCAGAAUUUUACCCUGGACAGAAACAGUGUCCUUGUGGAUGGGUAUUCUCCCAACAGAAAUGAUGUCUUGACUGAGAAUUCAGACCUCCCCUUCUGGGCCAUCAUCCUCAUUUGCUUGGCGGGACUCCUGGUACUCAUCACAUGCCUGAUCUGCUGUUUCCUGGUCACCAUCCGCCUGCGGAAGAAGGAGGGAGACUACGAGGUUCAGCAACACAGCCUGGGCUAUUACCUGCCACACCUAGACCUGAAGUUGCAAUGAGCUCUGCCUGCGGCUCCAAGGGAGCUUGGCUGGAAUAGAAAUAAACCACAUUGGUCGGA